CUCAGGAAACGGACGGUUUCAUCAGUGUGGUUUCGGUAUAAGAAUUUUCAGAUCUGUAUAUGACAUAGUUUCUAUGUUUGUUUGUAGUAGUGUGUAGUAACUGAUAGUAUAUGAGUCACGACGCGCGCUGUAGCGCGCCAUUAUACUCUCUAUUCUUCUAUGAAUUGCAUUAUUCGCUGUGGAAACUAUUUUCAAAGUAAAAAACGAUGUACUCAACAGAAAGUAAUAGUAUAAACGAUAGUAACAAAUACAGUGAUGAUGUCGCAGAUGCGUUGGUAUUUUCGGGAAACAGCGUCAGUCCUCUCAAGGGCCCUUUAUUACAAACGGCACCCACAGACCGCUAUGCCCCAUAUUACAACAUGAAUCAUGCAAAACGUGGAUUAGCUAUUAUUUUUAACCAUGAAUUUUUCACUAUUACACAUCUUAAACCAAGAUGUGGAACAAACGUUGAUUGUGAAAAUCUUGUCAAUACAUUUAAAGAUCUUGGUUUUGAAGUAAAUGAUUUUCAUAAUUACACACAUAGAGAUAUAAUGAAAAAUUUAGAAAGAGUUGCUGAUAUGGACCAUUCUGAACAUGAUUGCCUAGUUGUAGCUAUAUUAAGCCAUGGAGAUUUAGGAAUACUUUAUGCUCAUGAUACUUCUUAUAAGCCUGACUCCAUUUGGUCUCUCUUUACAUCUGAUAGAUGUCCUACGCUUGCUGGUAAACCAAAACUAUUUUUUAUACAAGCUUGUCAAGGGGAUAAAUUAGAUGCUGGUACAACAUUAAAAGAACGUACAGAAACUGAUGGUGAAUCAGUUACAACAUUCCGUAUACCAUGUCACGCAGAUUUUUUAAUUGCAUACUCAACAAUACCAGGUUAUUAUUCUUGGAGAAAUACUACUCGCGGCUCGUGGUUCAUGCAAGCGUUGUGCCUAGAACUACGAAAAAAUGGUACUCGUCAUGACUUGUUACAUUUGCUCACAUUUGUUUCUCUGCGAAUUGCUGUUGAUUUUGAAUCCAAUACUCCUGAUAAUAUCACAAUGCAUCAACAAAAACAAAUUCCGUGCAUUACAUCGAUGUUAACUCGUUUAGUAAUGUUUACACCUCCUAAAAAUAAAAUUGUAUAGUCGUUUUAUGCACGAAAGAUUUAUGAUAUAUGAUAUGCUAUAAAGUACAUAUAUAUAUAUAUAUAUGUAUUUUUUAAAUUACAAAUAAUGAUACCCUUCCAAGUAAAUGGGUAUCGCGUUUUUACAUAUUUUACAUUUUACAUCUCAUUCUUUUAACAUUGUUCUCUGUUGUUGUUAGUUUGGAAUAUGUAUCUAUUAUAGAUUCUACAAUCCACAAGGUAUAAAAAGUUAACUUUGCCUGGCCAAAGUCAGCAUUACUUACCGCCAUUUGACAAAGUUCAGGGAAAAUUGAUAGCAAUUUUGCUCAUAUUACAAUGGGUCAUUCAAGAUUUUCCCUGAACUUCUCUGCAUUCUCUGCAUUGAACUGACUCUGCAUUCUGUACUCUUUACUUCUUCUAUUUCCUGCUACUCCCAUUUUCAUUGUACUCAUUUUUUUCUUUCCUCCUCCUUUCUGAAAGAUUAACCCCUUGCCAUACCAUUUAACUCGGAAGAAUCUGGGCCCAAACGUUGCACCCGAAUGGUCGGAAAAGGAGUCGAAGCGGCGGAAACAGAGUGUCAGAACUUGCAACAUGAUAUCGUGUAACUGAAUGCGUAAAUAGUCGCGACCGUGUUUAGAAAAAACAUACCAUUCGAAACAUUCAUAUUUGGCCCGAGAUUAAGACCUCGAGCCUGACUCGUGAUAUUCAGGUUUGACUCAAAAUUCUCAUCGCGAUUCAGACUCGUCAAAGUAUGGCAAGGGAUUAACAUUUUCGUUUCUUCCAUGUUUAAUUCUAUUUUCUUUUUGUUGCUUUACCAACUUCAAUUUGAUAUAUUAUAUGUACAUUAUGUACCUUUAUAGCAUUAAUCAUAUUGUUAUUAGAAGUUCAAAGAUAAUAUUUUACCUGUGCAAAUUUCUACUUGAUGUGACUUCAAUGUAAUGCAUUUAAAUGAUAGCAUUUAUCUUAUAAAAACUGCCAUUAUAUAUUAUGCAAUAUUUGCACAACAAAAUUAUAGCAAUAUAAAGUAGAUUUUAUGCUACAUAUAAAUUUUUGUACUUGUCUAGAUUAAGGAAUCUUACAAAUUUUAUAUCUUUGUAAGAUUGAUAUUUAUAAUAGAAAUUUACAACGAUAAGAUCUCAAGCUAUAAUUUUUAACAGUUUUUAAACAAUUAAGAAAGCUGCAUAGAAUGGAUGUAAUAGUGGUCAUGCAAAAAUUUAAUACAGUAUAUUCAAAACCAUUAUAAGUAAGAUAUAUAAUAAGUACAAAUGAAAAGUAAAAUUAAGACAGCAGUGCUAAAAAUAUAGCUGAAAUUGAUUGCCUUUGUGAUUGCUGCUUUAUGAACAAAAUUUUAUAAGUAAUUUAUAUAUGACCUAUACAAUUUCGACAUUAUAUUUUGAAAAAAGGUAUUUUUUAACCAUUAUAAUGCAAAACAACUUAAGAAAUAUAUAUUUAAUGCCUACUAAAUAUAUUGUACAAAAGUCAGAAGGACAAAAUCUGUGUCUUUUCAUAACAAGCAAUAGUCUAAUCUUAUAUAAAAAAGAAUGAAAUAUUUUCAAGUUAGUAAUAGAUAAAUAUAACUUGCCUGAUUAGAGUAGUUGUGAUUAUAUAAGGUGCAAUUACAACGAAUAUUACCUAUUGUUAAGAGGAUAAAUAUGAAAUAAGCAAGGCAAUUUGCAUAUACUUUUGGAAUUGCUGAUGCACAUAAGGUGUUAUGUUGCUUCAUA